AUGAGUACCAACACCCAGCUCCGUGGCAAAGUGGCAGUGAUCACAGGUGCUUCAGGAGGCAUUGGUGCCGCCAUCGCGUUGGAGCUCUCAGUUGCUGGAGCCAAAGUGGUGCUAGGGGCUCGACGCCUCGAGGCUCUUGAAGCUGUUAGAUCGAGUCUCGAGAAUGCUCAAUCCAACAGCUUCAAGGACGGAUCUCAUGAAGGCAUUCUUAUUGUUCAGACGGACGUCACGAAGCGCCAAGAGGUGCAUGCUCUUGUAAAAAAGGCAGAGGAGGCGUUUGGGGCUGUGGAUAUCUUUGUAAAUAACGCUGGCGUGAUGCCGUUUGAGCUUCUGAAGAACGUGAACCAGGACAGUUGGGAUCGAACGAUCGACAUCAAUUGCAAAGGGACCCUCAAUGGUGUAGCCGCCGUGCUGCCCCAGAUGCUAGCUCGGAAGUGUGGCCAUAUUGUCAACAUCUCGUCCGAUGCUGGGCGCAAAGUAUUUCCUGGAUUGGGCGUUUACUCGGCAUCCAAGAUGUUUAUCGAAGGUAUCUCUCAGGCACUUCGCCUUGAGCACGUCGGAAGUGGACUGCGCGUGACCUCCAUCCAGCCUGGGAACGUGGCAACGGACUUGGUCAAGCAUGCGAAUGCUGCGAGCGGAGUCGACGAAGAGGCAAUGAAGUUGUAUGGAGGAGCUUCUGAGUGCGAAGUUCUCAAGCCAGAGGAUAUCAGUCGCGCUGUGUUGUACGCCGUCACGCAGCCGCAGUACGUGGCAGUGAAUGAAGUUUUAGUGGAACCGCGAGAUGAACCAAUUUAA